GGCAGGGGGAGGUGGGGCAGGCAGGGGACAUGGAUGUGGCUGGCCCCUCCCUUUGGGGCCUGUCAGGGACUCAUCAGCGGUGAUUCAGCCUGGGGUUCACACUGGGCUGGGGUGGCUGCAGCUGCAAUGCAGCUGAUCCUGACAGUGACAACUGCGACCCGCCCCCAAACACAGCCGGGGCUGCGGGGGUGUGAGGGACCCAGGCCCUCCAGUGCUGCGGCUCCGGGGCUGAGUGGGUGAGGUGACAGCGUCCUGCGGACAGUGACUGCCUGGUAUAGGACCUGAUGCCUACGAGAGGGCUUUCUGGGCUCCCCGGUUCCUGUGCCCCGUCUCCCCAUGAGCUGCAGCGGGGCUGUCUUAUGUUUGGGGGCCAGGGUCCCCUAUCUGCCACCUUGUCCCCCCAGCCCUGGGUCCUGGAAGCAGGGCAGGGCCUCCUAGCAGUUUCCUUCCUUCCUUUCUUGGGACGGAAACCAGGCCAGUGCGGGGCGCCGGGCUGGAGCUUGAGCAGGGGAGGGGGCCUCAGCCACCACCCUGUUCUCCAAGGUGACUCAGCCUUAGGUCCCCACCCGUCCCUGGGGAGCCUGGGCCACGGUGGGAGGUGGAUAAAUGGGGUGGCCGCCUGGGCUGGCCAGAGAGCUCAGGCCACUGCAGCUGGACGCAGGCCGCCUGCCACUUCCGUCCCACCUCCCAUGGCCCGCUCUGGGACUGCCACGCCGCCCACCCCAGCCCCGGGAGCCCCUCCACAGGGCCCAGCUCGGGGGCUUGUGCAGGAUGUCAACGGGCCCCUGAGGGAGCUGCGCCCAAGGCUUUGCCACCUGCGAAAAGGCCCCCAGGGUUACGGGUUUAACCUGCACAGCGACAAGUCCCGGCCUGGACAGUACAUCCGCUCCGUGGACCCAGGCUCACCUGCUGCCCACUCCGGCCUCCGAGCCCAGGACCGACUCAUAGAGGUGAACGGGCAGAAUGUGGAGGGGCUGCGGCACGCGGAGGUGGUUGCCUGCAUCAAGGCGCGGGAGGAUGAGGCCCGGCUGCUGGUGGUGGACCCCGAGACGGAUGCGUACUUCAAGCGGCUGCGGGUCACACCCACCCAGGAGCACAUGGAAGGUCCACUGCCAUCACCUGUCACCAAUGGGACCAGCUCAGCCCAGCUCAAUGGUGGCUCCGUGUGCUCGUCCCGAAGUGACCUGCCCGGCUUAGACAAGGACACUGAGGACAGCAGCACCUGGAAGCGUGACCCUUUCCAGGAGAGUGGCCUCCACCUGAGCCCCACGGCGGCUGAGGCCAAGGAGAAGGCGAGGGCCACCAGAGUCAACAAGCGGGCGCCACAGAUGGACUGGAACCGGAAGCGCGAGAUCUUCAGCAACUUCUGAGCCCCCCCGCCCUCUGCUGCCGCCGCCGCCUGGUCCCCGGCCGGGCCUCCUCCCCGCACGGACCUUGGGCCUUGCCCAGAGUGCCCCGAGCCUCAGUGGGCUGCAGCAGGGGCACCUUCACCCGCUAAGCUGUGGUGGUCCCACCACCCCCCGCGAACCAGCCCGUGCCCCAGUGAGCCCCCGUCCUGCCCCCUUCCCGCGGGGUGCUAGGGAGCGGGCGGAGGGAGCCCCUGAGACGGGAGGGACAGAGACACCCAGAGAGGUGGGCUGGGGAGGGGAGGCUGGGGUGACCCGCCAGGCCGGGCCCUUGCUGCUCUGCCUGGGCCUGCUGACUUAAAGGAAUUUGUUUUGACUUUUUUUCCAACACGAGCUCUGGCUCCACACAUGUUUCCACUUAAUACCAGAGCCCCCACCCCCAUUCCCUCAGGACGUGCUCUCUAAAUAAUUGCAAUAAAACAAACCUUUCUCUGCAAACCAUUUCCUCCCACCCCCCUCAGCAGCAGCCUUCCCCAGGGGAGUCCCAGGGCCUUCCAGGGGCAGAGUUCAGGGGCCCCCAGGCCGUGUUCACGCAGGCUUCGGGGAGGCUGGGAGCCCCACGUGGCUAUAGGAGCUGCCUCGCUGCUCAGGCCCUGCCCUCCCUGGCGUGGGGGUCGGGUUGGGGGCAGGGCCUGGGUUCUUGGUGGGGCCCGAGAUGGAGACCUUCCGCCCUGCCCCAGGAGGGCAGCCUGUGGACAGGCCGCUUGUCCCUGCACGGCAGCCCCCAGGAAGGUCCCCAAGCUCUUGGCUCGCCUGCCUGGAGCCGCCCCUGAAGAUGCCCCACCGACUCCGCCUUCCUUCCUGCCCAGAACCAGACCUACCGGCAUCGGCAUCGUUGUCUGCCCUAAAAGCCAUAGCGCAUACGCGCCCUCAGAAUAAACAGGCCUUCCUUGGAUCCUG